UAUUCACAUUUGUGUGUUUGUAGCACGAAAAAUCCUAUUGGCGCUUCUAUUUACAUCGUAUUAAGUAAUGUUUAGGCAUAGAAUUUGUCAUCAUCGUUUUGAACGAAAUCCAAGUACAUGCAAAUCGAGGCACUUUUUUUUGGUAGGCAAUUUGAAAUUGAAUUUCAUGAAUCGCAGGAGAAAAACAGCGUAUUGUCUAAAGAAAAUUCAAGAAUAAUUGAGUUCGUUGUGCUUGUACUGAAACAUCUGUUUGUGUGCGCGCCUAUAUUGGAUGUGUGUUAAAUGAAUUCUGAUUUUUUUCCCUUUGGUUUAAUGUGUCGUGUGCAUUGAUGAAAAUGAAAAAAAAAAACAUUUCCGAGAUUCACUUAUUCUACUUGAUUUUUGCUUAUUGUUUUGAUGUCGUAAUUGAAACGACCAAUUCAGUUCGUUGUAAACGCCAUUAUUUCGCAUUUGUUGCAAUUAUCCAUUUGGAAAGGUGUAUUACUGUGUUUCAUCAUUCAAUGACGUCGUAGUGAGUGAGUUUUAAGUGAUUGAAAUGCAAAAAAAAAAAUUACGAAUUCCAAUGAAUUCCCAGAAUCUACUUUACGUUCAAUUUUUUGCUCUUCUUGCUAUUGUAUUGUGUAUCGACUUGGGACCGUGAGUCUUGGGUGCAUGUGUAAUUUAGUUCGGUGUGUCAGUCAGUCGACAAUUGCUGAACAAAAAUUAAAAUUUAUUUAAAAACUAGAAGUAGAAGCAAAAGUCACAUACGCUUCGAUCAUUUGUCAGUCAACUUGAUUGCUUUGAAAUACGAUCUAGCGCUCAUGAGAUUCUCGUUUACUUUAAUUUACGGCUCAUUUUCAAGUGUUUGUACUAAGUUUUUCUCAUACAUUCAUUCUCUAUGGUCGAAUUGUUUUUGUUUCCGUUCUUGUGAAAUUGUGCAAGCAUCUGUGACACAAGAAGUCCACGACUCAAAAUAUAUCGUGACAUUAAUGCUUACUAUUUUUCCCACUUAGUGGCUUCAAUUUUGUUUCUUUUGUUAUUAUGGUCGUUGUGCGAAAGUACAUUCGUUAGAGUAAAAGUAGGCAAAAAAAACCGACACACGCGUUGGUCAAUGAAUUUCGAAAUUCAUGAGAGAUUUUUUGUAUCGGUGUGUUGUGUUUAGUUUUUGUGAUGAUCUUUUGUACAUGUUUGACAGAAGAGAAAGUGUCCGAAUGUGUCGGAAUUCGGGUCAAAAGCCAUCAGAUUUGUGAAAGAUAGAUACUUGCCAAGUGAUGGAUUUAUUUCAAUUGUUUUCAUUUUGUUUCUCUUUUCUGCGAUUUUCAUUCCAGUUCACAAAUGCGAUAAAGAUUGAGUGAUGUUUCAAUGCGGCAACUAUCAAACGUCACAUUUUCCGCCGAUGCGCUGUCACAAACGGCGUUGCUCGAAAUUAUAUCCCGGUUAAUUCAUCAGUGAGAAUAUAUUCGUCGAAUUGAAAGAAACACAGUAUUUAUCACAAAGUAAUCGCAAUAAGAAUUGCACAGCGAACAAACUACAUGGCUCUCUCUGGUAUGCUAGCAAUGCAUUGUAAUGCACUCAAUAGCUGAAGUGUUCAUUUGAAAGACAAUAAAUAAUUUUAAAUAAAAACAUUUUUGAAGAAUCUAUGUAAACAAUUUGCAAAGACACAACAUUGAACAAUUCAAAAAUAAUAAACAUAAAUCAAUUUUGACUAAGAGAAAAAGAUAAAAACCACAACAAUAACAAUAACAACAACGCAACAUCAGCUCGUUGUUAAACGGCAAUUAAACAAUGUUAAGAGAACUCAUCGCCUGGGUAUUGAACAAUUACUUGGGUAAAUAUGUGCACAAUUUGAAUACAGCCCAGUUGUCGGUAGCUCUGUUGUCCGGUGAGGUUGAAUUGGAAAAUUUGCCACUGCGUAAAGAUGCACUUCGUAAUCUGGGCUUGCCGUUGCAAGCGCUCAAAGGAACCGUUGGCCGUAUCAAAUUACAAAUUCCAGUACGACAAUUUCGUACAGCGCCCUGGUGUAUUAUCGUUGAAGAUGUCUACGUAGUUAUUGGACCAAUAAAUUUAGAUGAGUGGGAUACGGAUGUAGAGGAACAAGCCGAAUUGAACUAUAAACUCAGCCGUUUGGAUAAUUUGGAGGCAAAAUGGCGUGCUCAACGCGAGGCAGCCAUCGAAGGUGGCUACUAUGCAUCAUCAUAUUCCGGCUGGUUGAGCUAUGGCACAUCGUUGGCAACGAAUAUCAUUGAAAAUCUUGAGCUUAAAAUUAAAAACGUCCAUAUUCGAUACGAAGAUGCGGCCAUUACAGUACACGAUCAACGGUUUGCAUGUGGCAUCACCAUUGAUUCCCUAUCGGCACGUAGCUGUGAUUCCAAUUGGAUAGCCGGUUUUUCGUCAUCGUGGAACCAAACAAGUGCUUCAUUCAAAUUGGUUGAACUAACCUCAAUGUCCAUCUACUGGCAACCGUUGAACAAUCAGGAAACAUUUGCCGAUUCAACGUAUGAAGAACUGGGGCAAAUCUUUCAAAAAUGGAAAACAUCAUCGAAACAUGAGUAUAUCGUUAGCCCGGUCAGUGCACAGGCACGCUUCAAACGUGAUCGCAGCGAAAUGCCACUGCGAACGCGUAGCCGACCACGACUCACAUGUGAUUUAAUUCUAAAUGAAGUUCAGCUUACGUUGAGCGAUUGGCAGUAUAAGCAAAUGGUGGAGUGUGUUCGAGGCCUAGACGAUAUAUCCAAAUAUCGACGUUUUCGUCUGUUACGACCCGAACAAAGUGUUUAUGAGUCGCCAAAGGCAUGGUGGAUGUAUGCAGCUCGAUGUCAUGGUUGUAAAAUCGUAUCUCGCCACAAUAUUCGCAAUAUUACCAAAGAAAAUCUACGUUACAUAGACAUUUAUACCAAAUUAAUAAUUAAUCCAAAUGAAACGCUUAGCAACGAACAAAAAGAAUUUAAGGAUAGAAUCGAAAAGGACCGUGACUAUUAUGAAUUGAAAUUCUUACGAGAGAUUUGUAUGAGUCGAAGUCCGAAUAACGAUUUGAAUGGUGUGGAAACGAAUCAAGGACGUGGAAUGUUGUUGCAAUGGUUUCCACAGUGGUGGGGCUGGUACAAAACACCCCAAACGGAUUCCCAGACAUCCGAUGCGCUACUCAUCUCAACCAACUCCUCCGUAGAUGUAACGCCAAAAGAUCAAAACCAAUUAGAAGAUGAAAUUUUGAAUGCACUCUCCAGUGGCACCGUUGAUAAUUCGCUGCUCAAACGAGACACCGUUUUCGGGAAGUUUAAUUUUACAUUGAAAAAGGGUGUCUUAGAUGUAUGCACGUGUCAAAAUGGUGUCGAUAAAAUUAUGCUCCAAUUACAAUUCCAAAAUCUUCUACUGGACAUAGAAACGCGACCACGAUCUGGUUCACAUUUUGUUGGUCUGUCGCUUGGAUCGGUGUUGCUUAAGGAUUUCAUCACGGAAAAUUCCGAAUUUCCCGAUUUAAUUAAGCCACAAGUCAAAGAGGACGCUUUAGUUGCGCAUAAUCGUCGCUCACGAGGCAGUAGUUUCUUGAUUGGUGGCCUAAACAGCAGCAAUAGUAGCAGCAAUGCCAGUCUCACGACGUUGAUGAACAGUGAACCAAUUUUUCAAUUAAAUUACGAACGCAAACCAUUGUCACAUAAUACCGAUUAUCGUCUAUUAAUUAAAACGCAAUCGCUGGAUGUUGUCUAUAACAUCGAGCCCAUCAAAUGGAUCGUUGAUUUUGUAAUGAAACCAUAUCAAAUGAUGAACGCCCGCAAGAAAAUCGAAGCAAUGAAAAAUAAAACCAAAAUGGAACUGAUCAAAAACUGGGAAAACAUUCUAGAAGGUGAUGUGACCGAACGGCGCACAUGGACAUUGGAAAUUGAUAUUUCCGCACCGCAAAUUAUAUUUGUGGAAAAUUUUGCGCUGAAAAAUAGCACGGUAAUUGUUAUCGAUUUUGGUCGUUUGCAGCUCACCAACUAUACCGAUACGACGAAUAGUGCCGUGGUUGGCGGGAUCACCGCUCAGGCACCGAAUAAAAAAGACGAUAGUGAUAUUGAAUCAUUGCAUCGCGAUCAAAGUGAAGAUGAAGAUGCCUUUAUGACACCAUGUUCAACACCGCCCGGAUCACAUGCAAGCAAUGAUUCGCCCACCUUGUGCUCGGCACUCAGUGAUGUGCUGGAUUCGAAUAAUAGCAAUGGCAAUGAAACGGUCAACGGAGCAAUUUAUGACUUGGAAGGGAAUACGCUGAACGAACGUUCGUUGCAUGAAAAACUCUAUGAUCGUUACAAAAUGGAUUUGACCGAUUUGCAGGUGCUGGUGUGUAAAAGCAAUGAACGAUGGCUGUUUGCUAGCGCCAAAGGAUCGUCAACACUGCAUGUGCUCGAUCGAUUCAGCAUUUCAUUGCAAGUCGAACGACGUGCCAUUCACAUGAAUGAUCCACAAUAUCCAAGUUUAACCAUUGCCGGCACACUACCCAAACUGAAUGCCCAUGUGAAUGAGCAGAAAAUUACAGCAAUCACAACCAUGCUCAACAUUAUAUCAUCGUCAAACAUUCAAUCACCGCAUCGGCCACCGAAUGAUAACAUCGAAGACUCAUUCUCAACCGAAGCCGAUUCUGAAAGUGAAAAUGAAAUGGACAAUGUUGAUGGUCAACGAAGCAAUAAUCGCGGAUCGACUCGAACGAUUGAAAGCGAAAACGAAGCAUCGAAAUUAUUUAUGUUACAAUUUGCCAUCGAUCAAAUGUCGCUGGAAGUUCAGUCAAGGGGUCGAUGCAUUGCUGAGCUGCAAGUGACUGGCGUAAAGGCUGCAUUCAGCAAACGGCCAGAAGAUAUAAAUGUCACAUUAUCCGUACAUGGACUGCUGCUGGUCGAUGCUAUUCAAUCGUUUGGACCCGAUUUCGAACUACUUAUCGCCAGUCAUAGGCAUGUUGGAAUGGACAGCAUUUCCGGUAGUUUAAAACAGAGCGAACCAUGUUCACCAAAUUCACCUGGUUCACCCGAUCCCAUGCUCGAUCGUCGACCAACCAGCCCUAACUCAAUAUCUCGUGCAAUUUCAAACCUACAACGAACUAAUUCCGAAUACUGGUCUGCAACUCACGAUGUAGAUGCGCUGAUCACCGUUGAAGUGCUUUUGGUUACGCCCGAAGUGACCGACGGCGAAUGCUUGCAAAUCGCAAACAUUCAAUUCAAUAAUUUGGAUAUUAUUGCCAAUCAAGAAACAAUUGUCGAGUUGAUGGGAUUUGCGAAUCGUGUAUUUCCACGGUGUGAAUCAAAGUCACAGCCAUCGUAUCAUGAAGAGAAUGAUUUUUCAAAGCGUGAACCUCCUGCAACAAUAGAAAGUACACCAUCAAACACUGAAGCAAAAACGACCAAUUCCGAUGCACCGGCCAGUGCAAUAACGAUACGCACCGAAAUCACAUUCGAUUUUCAUCGAUUGAAUGUGUUGGUAUUGCGUGCGGUUAUGCGUGAUACGUAUAUGGUGGGGCGUAAGGUCGGUACGUUUACAAUGAGUGAAGCGAAAAUUCAUGCUACACUUGGCAAUGAUAUUCGCGUUGAAGGCUCGCUCGGUGGUUUGCAAGUGAUUGAUUUAACGCCGGAAGGAGUUUCACAUCAGCGUAUACUUUCCGUUGGAAAAGAUCCUCUAACUGAAGCACCCAUCCCACCGCGACCGCACGACUUAUUGAGCUCACUAACACAAGAAGUGUACAGUAUGUCACACCAUCACACCAAAGGUGACUUUACCAUGGAAGAUCAACAGGCUUUGUCAUUCUGUGUGACGCGCAACUUGAGCGCAUCGGUUACAAUUCGCAUUCGAAUGGCCUCCGUUUGGUAUACGCAUUGUGCUCGAUUUAUGCAAGAGCUUAACUGGUGCGCAACCGAAUUCAAACACUAUCUGAAGAAUUUCGCGCGUUCAAUUCGAGACAAAGCCACCGAUAUGGCAUUGGGACUGGUUCAACCGAGUCGUGACAUUCCAGCAGCCACACCAAAAGCGCCCGUCGAUGUUCAUCAAACACCAAAGCAUAUGCGAAAACAACGAACUAUUUCAUUUUCCAAUUCGGCCGGAACCAAAUCUAUUGACGUGAGAAUGGAUAUCGUUCUCGAUACGCCCGUUCUCGUACUUCCGCGAUCGAGUCGUAGUUCACAUGUGUUUGUUGUUCAUCUCGGUAAAAUUUCAAUGACAAACAAUCAGCCAAGCGAUAUAACAAUUGAACUGGAUCGAGAGACACCGCAACGUCAUUUUACACGUCGAAAAUCCAACGAGUGUGAUUUGAAGAUAUUUACGAUCGACGAAGAAUUACUCAUGGAUACGUCACAAACCACAUUGAUAAACAAUUUCAGUGGCCAAAACAAUGAUUACUUCAGCGAAGAGGAUUUGAGGUGUCGAUCAAAUGACACCGGCAUCGAUGAUUGCGACGGAGAUGAUCGACAAGUUGAAACGUAUAUUUUGGAUAUUCGUAAUAUCAAUGCGUAUUCGCUGGACACACGGAAUCGAAAAAGUAUUCGAUUGUCAGCACUUCCGCGGGCCGAAGAGUUUUAUUCGUGUCAAGAAGAUGCUGUUCCUGUUCUCCACGAUACAGCGAUCCGAGUAAACAUUAUUCGAUGCUUAGAAACACCGAGCAUUGAUUUACUUGUCGAUUCAGUUGAUUCCAAAGAACUGUUGCAGAUUAACGGCAGUGUGAUAAAACCAUUGAAUUUGUCUUUGUCUCGCGUUCAGUACGAGCAACUAUUGGAAACGACGGAGAAUUUGUUCAAAGUGCCGAGUGAUUUGGCACGACCGCCAAAUGUUGUACCAACGAUAAAAGAGCGUGAAAUUGAGCAAUCAUCGGAUUUCGAAUUAUCAAAUGAAACAUUCGGAAUGGAUGCAAAAUUCAAGCGUCGUCUAUUCCAACCAGCUGUUGCGUAUGAGAAGAAAACGAUGAUUGAACCAAAAGUUGCCUUCGAAUUGCCGAUUUUCAUUAUUCAGUUGAAAAAUGAACUGAAUGAUCCGUUGAUAGAUAUUGUUUUUCGUGAUUUCAAUGUUAACUACGAGACCAAUAAUACAUACGAAACGAAUUUGCAAGUAUCACUGCGUUCGCUGUUGAUGGAGGAUUUGUUGCAGCCACCGGAUUCAAAGCAUCGUGCAAUGUUAGUGUCAUCAUCGCCAGAUAGUCAACAGUUACGACCGAAUAGUGCAUAUUCGUCGCGAUCAUGCCCGAAUUUAAUCGGUCCACACUUUUUGGAUGAUGGUUUGACUGGUUCGUUGCCAGAGCAAUUGGAACGUGGUGCCGGUUUCAGCAGUUAUCUCACUCCCAACAAUAUAACACAACAGUCAUUCAAUUGGUUUGCAUCAUCGCAGCAGCAUAAAACGAAUUGCCCCGAUACACCACCGCCAUCACCGCAACGUCGCAUGCGACAAGACAAUCUCGUGCUAUAUUCAUCGUUGAUCAUCGAUCCAGACUGUCCAAAUUUUGCCACACAAUACAAUUCGAUGCGACAAACCAGUUCGAUCGAUUUCAACAGUUUGGAUUUGAUCAUUUCGGUGAAGAGUUGGUUUGCAUUUUUGAACUUUUUCGGUGUUUUAUCCGAUACAACUGAAGAUACAAGCCAUUUGGAUGACGCCAACGACUACCCGAUCGAAUCAAUUUCAAAUGAAGUGAAAAAAGACAAUUCGGAAUUGGAAGUGUCGGUGCGUUCGUUGACCCUGGUAUUCGUACGACCCGACUAUGAGCUGGCCAAGGCGAAUGUUUCGAAUGCAUCAUUUUUGGUGACGAAAAUGGAUGGUGCGAAAACGGUGAAUGGGAGGCUGGGAAGUGUGUCAUUGAACGAUUUAACCGUACACGGUGCAUUGUAUCGUGAACGCUUUCUGACCAGUGGCAAUGAAGCUUUGAAUUUCACCUAUUCACGCGACGAACCGAAACGUACUAACGAGCAAACCACUCUCAAUACGGAGGCGCUGUUGAAAAUAAAAAUGUCAUCGGUGCGAUAUGUGCAUACCAAGCGAUUUAUAGCCGAAAUUCAAACGUUUGUCAAUGAAUUCCAAGGUUUGCAAGCACCAAAUCUUAUACGAAAAAUUAAAUCGUCCGAGUCCAGAAGUAAUUUACAGCAAAAACCCAUGCAGCUGUCACUAUCGAUUAAGGCUGGUUCGCCGAUCAUUCUGCUGCCGCUGAGUGCGAAGAGUAACAAAAUGAUUGUAGCGGAUUUGGGUGAAUUUUCACUGCGAAAUAGUUUUCAUUUUGCAUCCGAUACCAAUAAUGUGAUAAGCGUACGCAAAGACCCCAAUGGGCCAGACGAAAUUCUCGAUGUAAUGCUGGUUGAUCUGGUGAAUACGGAUUUAUUUGCCGGUGAACGGCAUUUGAAAAGCGAUGAUUUCGCAUUGAAUGAAUCCAGCACAAUCAAUGACACACUCUGCAUGGACAUGGGCAGUUAUAUUGUGUGUAAAAAUGGUGCAAAUUUAUUGAACAGCAAAUGCCAUUUGAAAUUGAUUGUUGAACGCAAUUUGCAGUCGUGGCGAAGUCAUAAUGUGCCCGAUUUCAGUGUUCAAGGAACACUAUCACGUUUGGAAGCCGUUUUGAAUCUUCAACAAUACCAGCUGGUGCGUGGAUUCCUUCAGAAUAAUCUCGGUGAACCGUUGGACGAUUUGGAUGUGGAACAACCGCAAAACAUUACCGAUAGCCGCUUUAGUUUGUCCACUGAAAAUUUCUUACGGCCUGACGCCAUGCAUGAAUCAUCGUUAUGGACGAGUAUGUCGAUUACAUUGGAUUUGCAAGAUGUAUCGGUGUGUUUGCAGGUGCCAAAAUCGCGUGGAAUCGAUUUCACAGCAUUGUCACGUGACUCAAGCAUCCCAUUUAUCGAUCCAGAUGCAGCCGAUGCCCCGUUGACUUGCAUCAAUUUCAUCAAAUCAUCACUGAAAAUCGAUCAGUUCAGCGAUGGAUCGCAAGAUAUUGAUUUGGUGUCACAGGAAAUUCUCAUUACCGACACACGAUUCACGGCAAAUAAACAGGCCGAUAUUUUUGGUGAAACGCCAGUGGUGAAGAAUGUGUUCACGACCAUUUUACAGCCGACUAGCACAAAAUCAAAUGGUGAAGAUUCGGUGCAAGCGGAAAUUCAUAGUCGCAAACGGCUAGACUAUUCGAAAUACACCAUUCUAUUGAAUAAUAUGCGUGUGAUGGCCAUUUUGGAUUGGAUGGAAGGUGUUCGAGAUUUUUUGUCACAAGAUUGUGAUGAGAAUUUAGACACGUUGCAAAUUAGCACCACACCGAAAAUCAUAAGUGCACCAACAUCAAUGUCGGCCGCAAUUGCAGCAUCAACCCAAAAUAUUUACAAUACCAAUGAAAUGGAGGUGAUUUUGAAUAUUACCAAUUCGGAGCUGGUCUUCGUGGAAAAAACCGACCAAUGGGAUACAAACGCUGUGAUUUUGAAAAGUACCACCGUUUUGUCGUAUCGUCCGGUCGAAGUGAACAAAGUGAUGUCCAUCAAUUUAAAUCAUUUGGAAGUGUUUUCGUGCAUUUUGGGCUGCGAAGAAGACACUGCACUCUCCAUCAUCGAUCCGAUCACCAUCAAUAUGGAUGUCAAACAAAACACACUCGAUAUUCAGCUGCAAAAACGAUUGUGCAUUCGCCUUUCGUAUAAUGAUGUGAAAAUGUUUAUCAAAAUGUUUGAAUCGUUGCCAAACCAAACAGCAAACGCACAAUGCCGUGAACAGAAGCAAGUGAACGAGGCGUUGGUUACGAAAUUGUCUGCACUUGGAUUUUCCGUUGAAGAUUGUGUCAAAGCAUUGGAAUUAUGUAACAAUGUUCUUGACGAGUCAGCCUUGUGGCUUACCCAGAAUGCAGAACCAAUCAAAAUACAGCCGGCGCAAAUGCAAGAAAGCGCAUUGAACAUAAGAGCGGUUGUGCUUCGAGCGAAUUGCAUUUCGAUUUGUGUGAUUGACGAUUGUAAGGAUGCGGAUGUGCCGUUGCUUGAAGUAUCAUUCUCAGAACUGGAAGGUAGACAAGAGCUCGGUUCGUUGGCCGACUAUCAAAAUGUGGUAAGCAGCGGCCCUGGUCACAGUCGAACCGGAUCGAUUGUAUCAACGGCAACCGGUGGAAGUGGUUAUAAGGCUGGAUAUUUGAAAGGUGUUUUCGCAAGUGAUUAUUAUAAUCGUGUGCUGAGCGGAUGGGAACCGUUGAUCGAAGCAUGGAAAUGUGAAUCAAAUUGGAGCUGCAGCGUUGGAGCCUCAUCAAUCCAACCGAAUCGACUUCAUUUGCUGGUCAACAGCGAUGAUAUGCUUAAACUGAACAUCACCACCACUAUUAUUGAACUCUUCAAUUUGGUCUAUGAAAAUUGGAUGCAAGAUUACUACGGAAAUGGCUUGAAUACAAACGAAACAUCGAUCGAUGGAAGUCCGUCAACUUCAAUGAGUAUGAUUAACUAUCGCAGACGAAAUCCAUUCGUUCCGUUUGCGCUGAAAAAUGAAACCGGAUUGAAUUUACAGUUUACCACAUUUGUUUCGGCACCGGGAACAAGCACCACUAGCGAGAGUACCUCAACGGAGGUGAGUCGCAAAUCAAAAGAGCAGCAAUGGAUUCCAGUGGAACCAGGCGCUGUGAUGCCAUUCAGCUUUGGUCCAACGCAUAAACAACGUCAUCACGAUUCGCAUAAGCUCACUCUGCAUCAAAUUGGCGUUCGAAUCGAGGGUUGGACCGAAGUUGGUCCGGUGUCAAUCGACAAAGUUGGCGUGUUUUUCCGCUAUUCACGACACGAACUGGCCGAAUUCGUAUCGUUUCCACGAGCUCGAAUCGUAUUUUCGGUAUCACUCGAAGGUUCGGCCCAGAAAUUAGUAACCGUUCGAUCGGCAUUGCGCGUUAUCAAUCGAUUAGAUCGAAAUAUGCUCAUCAAAUUAGAACAUCUCAAGACAAUUAAUUACCCUGAUGCAAUUACAGCCAUUUUAAAAGUUGGCGAAAUAUACAGUGUCCCCUUGAGCCAUGUAAAUGCACACAUGUAUGUUGUGCCGAUUUCAACGCAAAACAUUUCAAAUGCUCUACUCAUAGCCAAUACCAACAACGACACAUCAUCACGCUCGGACGGUUCAUCGAAAUACCACACGCCCGAACGGCAAAUCAGUUCGAAUGUUGAUUUAUGGUUGAAAAAAUCCGAUUCCAACGAGUCGCGUCUGUUUUUCUGCGAACGAAGCAUUUUUUGGCGUGACAUGGAUGAAGGUUUGGAUGUACAACAGUGGGUUCGCACAUGCAAAUCGAGCCGAGAUAAGCAUUUCCGUGUACUCGUUGCCAUUCAGCGUGAUGGUUAUCCAAUGAAAGAUUUUGGCACGAUACCAGGUCAUUCGAUUGUACUGCUGCCACCAUUGCGACUGCACAAUCUUUUGCCAUGUGAUUUACUAUUCCGUUUGGCGAAUAACACACAAGGACGCAUCUCACCAUCUGAAACGGCCAAUAUUUAUGAGGUGGAUUUGGAGCAUCAAAUCGAAAUAACCAUUACAUUGGACAGUUAUCCAGGAGCUGAAAAAAUUGUCAUUCCAAGCGGCCCAAUUGGUUCGGCCGACUAUCGCAUUCGACUCACCGACACAAAAGGUCGACCGUUAAUUCUGCGGGCCAGCAUUCAAAUGGUCAAAGGUUCCGGGCUACAAAUUACAAUCAGCGCAUCGUAUUGGUUGAUCAAUCGAACUGGAUUGCCGUUGAUCUUCCGUCAGGAAGGCGUUUCACAAGAAAGUUCCGGACAAUUUGAUGAACACGAACAAGCUCGACUCGUUUCACCAUUGAUGUUCUCAUUUACUGAUCCAGAUGCAUCACCUGCACUAACCGUUCGAUUGGGGCGAAGAUAUGGCCAUAAUCCACCAUGGUGUCAACCAUUCAAUUUACACAAAGACAUUUUACAUCAACAAUUGCGGUCGGGCAUCUCAAAUGAAACAUUCAUCAUUGGCACGGAAGUUCGUUGUGGUCGAGGUCGCUACGCAAAGACAAGAGUUGUCACAUUUUCACCACGAUUCCAAUUGUACAAUCGCAGCUCGUACAAACUUCAAUUUGCACAGAAAUGCUUUGCUACAUCAUCGAUGGAUUUAUCAGCACCGAACACAUUCAUCGAAGCAGUGCCUGGAUGUCAUUUGCCAUUCCAUUGGCCGCGAUUGGAUAAAGAACAAGAGCUUUGCGUACGAUUGCCCGACAUUGAUGGCUGCAUGUGGUCAGGAGCGGUUCCAAUUCAUGAAACACAGAGUCUCUACAUAAAUAUCAGAAAUAUGAAUGGUGAUAUGCAUUUCCUCCGUUUGGAAAUUGUUCUGCAGGGUGCAACGUAUUUCCUUCUGUUCGGCGAUGCUCAAGCAUUACCACCGCCAAUUCGUUUUGACAAUUAUUCCGAUGUUGCGAUCAAAUUCUACCAACCGGGUGGUCGAAACCAGUGGCGAACAAUAAUUCGACCACAUUCAUCGAUGGCUUAUGCUUUGGAUGAACCGAUGGGCGUGCAAUCACUCGUAGUCGAAGCACCUGGUGGCGUUUCCCACAACUAUUCAUUGAGUGAAUUGGGAACAUCGUUGAAUCUAACCUACGAAAACUACAUUUACAUUGCAUUCAGUGGAACUUUCCGCAGUACCGACGCAAUAUCGGACAAAGAUUGGUCGGACUACGAUAUCGAAUGCCAGGAAUUGGUGCUAACCGUUGUCGAUGGCCGUGUGUAUUUGGCUAAAAAGCAACAAGGGAAUCGAUCCCAAUUGUGGCGCAUGAAUCAAGAUCGACAACUGGAGCACGAAGGAUCAUCACCGCCAAUUGAACCAGGUCGAAAAUCCAAUACCGCCUAUCGAUUGGUGUUGGAUUUGGAAAAGGCACCGCAACCAAGAAAUUAUGUGCCGCUCGUUGUACGACCGGCAAACAAACAGCGAAGAUCAACGCAAACUUGGAAUUUCACUGAAGAAGGUCGAUUGAUGUGUGAACACUCGAAUAUGUGUGUGCAAGUGCGUGGUGGCAUAUUCGGUUUGCGGCCCGGAAGCGAAGCGGUACUUGGAAUGAUUGUCAGCGAUACGCAUGUGAUUCGCGAUGGUUUGGUUCCAAUCGAACAGUCAAUACGACGUGAAAAAUUGCGAGCCGGCUCGGGAUUUUUGUCGGUUUCAAUCAAAAUGGAUGGACCAAUUAAGAAUAUUUGCAUCAGAGAUGUUAAAUCAACGGAACCGAUUUCAUUGGCUCUGGAUCCAGCGUGGAAGCAUGUUUCGAAUAUUUUGUCAUCGGGAAAUCGGAUGACACAAUCGCAUGCAACAUCGGCUGUCGUUAAUAGUAACAAUCUCGCCGAGCUGUAUGUAAAUGUGAAAUUAACUAAAGGCAUCGGUAUUUCGAUCGUGUCAAAGCUACCGUGCGAAGAAUUGGCGUUUGUUUUGCUGGAAAAUAUUUUGACCGAAGCAAUUUCAACGCCAAAUAUUCGAUCGCUUGAUUUUAGCGUGGGCGAUAUUCAGAUUGAUAAUAACCUAUUUGAAACGCAAUGUCCCGUGAUGCUGUUUACAACGAGAAACGCUGAAAUACAAAAUCAUCCGCUGCCAUCGAUGCAUUUGAAUGUAAAGCUAUUGCCCAGCCCAAAUGCCAAUGCCAUCAUUUUCGAACAUCUAACGCUCAGUUUGCGACCACUCACCAUUUACUUGGAAGAGCGUCUGAUGCUGCGCAUGGCAAUGUUCUUGGGAUUGGGAAAAUCACAGAACGAUACCUUACCCGAUGAGUCGGACUAUGAGGCGCAUCGUGUGGCCACAAAAAUUCUUGCGGCAAAUGCAAAACGCUACUAUUUUGGUGAUUUGCAAAUUGUUCCAAGUCAAAUACGAUUGUCUGUGAUCACGGCAUCGAAAUUGAUGCCACAGCUGCUGGAAAUAAAGAAAAGCCUCGGUUUGACAUUAAUCAAAUUCGAAGAUGCUGUGAUUGAUUUCGAGAAAUUCAGCGAUCGACACCAUUUCGAAACGCAAGAAGUGUAUUUGCGAGCCAUUAAAGCACAUUACAAGCAGCAAUUGAAAUGGCAAGCCGCGUUCAUUCUUGGCAGUGUCGAUUUCUUGGGAAAUCCACUUGGGUUCGCCAGUGAUUUAUCCGAAGGUGUGUCUGGAUUGAUUUUCGAAGGCUCUGUAAAAUCACUGGUGAAAAACGUUACACAUGGAAUAUCAAAUUCAACGGCCAAAUUGACCGAAACUAUUUCCGAUGGAUUGGGCCGCGUUGUGCUUGAUGAACAAGACACUGAAACGCGUCAACGUAUCCUUGAGAUGCCAAGCGGUUCAAAUUCAACCGGUGACCAUUUGGUGGCUGGUUUCAAAGGUCUUAGUUUCGGUUUGCUGGGUGGCGUUACCAGCAUUGUCAAACACACAUACAUCGGUGCACAGAAUGAUGGUUUCCAAGGUUUCAUUUCUGGGCUGGGCAAAGGCAUCGUUGGAACGGUAACAAAACCAGUGAUUGGUGUACUUGAUUUGGCAUCUGAAACAGCGAAUGCUGUACGAGAAACCAGCAAAAGUUCAAAUCGUGCAUUACCCGAACGAAAACGACUACCGAGAUGCGUGACUGGAGCACCGGGUGGAUUGCUACCACCGUAUUCGUCGUUGCAAAGCCGUGGCCAACAGUAUCUCUUUGUGAUAAACAAGCGCAACUUUAACGAACAAUUCAUGGCCUAUGAACCAUGCCUUUAUGAUGGCCGAGAUUCAAAACUACGGCUACUCGUAUCAUCCGAGAAUAUUUGGGUAUUUUCAAGCGACGAUGAAUCGACAACGAUCAUUUUGUCAUACCAUUUGAGUGAACUGAUGUCAUGUCAUCCAACAUUGAAAAAUAACAAUCAAUCCGAUAGUCACAAAUCGAAACGUGCUCAGCAUUACAUUGAAUUAUGCUUGAAUUUGCAAGAUGCUGUAAAACGGCCGUUGGUCGCAUGCAGCAAUGAAGAAAUGGCACAAAGGGCAUCACGUCAUAUCAAUUACGCGAAGAGUGUUUAUGAUGAACGAGAACUGACCUUGAACUACGAGACUGUGAUCGAUAUUUAAAUAAACAAAUUAUUUGAAUACUUCGAGUCGAUAUGAAGAGAUGUAGUCUGUAGGUUUCCAAACAAUUGAAAAGCUUUCCGAACAAUUCAUCGUCCCCAACAAAAUGAAAACAUUUUUAAUUUCAUUAAUUUAAUCUAUUCAAUUUGUUGAUUUGAACCUGAAAACAUUUCCUCCCAUUUAUUUUAAAACAAAAGAAAAACCAAUGAAAUGUGAUUCAUUACCACCUCUGAACUACGAAUAAAAUACACCGAACUCAAGCGAGAUCACUUGAAAACAUUAACUUAUGGAUUGAACAAAUAAAAUUCCUCAAACACGUGUAGACGUAAUAUUUUGAAGAAAUUGUAGUCGCUAGAAAACCUUCACCAAGUAGAAGUUUCAUCAAAAAAAAAAAAAAUUUAAUGAAACCACGUGUUCCAAAUAGAACUACAACAAACCGAAUGUGUGUAAGAGAGUAAAAUGCAAAGCAGCUGAUUUUUAAACAAAUUUCACAUGAUAAAAAGACAACACGAGCCCAACUAUUCGACACAUGUCACCAAUUUAUCUAUUUUUUGUAAAUAUGACGUCAAAUUAACAUGAUGUACAUUGGAGCAAAGAUCAUUGUACAUUGUUAAAUAUAUUGUUAUACAAGUGCUCUAAAAUAUUAACCGAUUUUAAUAAAUUCAAUUUUUUUAAUAACAAAA